AUGUCGCUCGAGUCGGGGCAGCUGGUGUUCGUCAAGGACGAGGUGGAGGGAUGGCUCCCCGCGACGGUGGGGGCCACCAACGGCCAGGGGGAGGACAUGUCGCUCGAGCUCGUGCACGAGGACGGACGAACUGAGACGGUAUCCAAGGUGUCGGACGAGUGGCUGCAGCGCGGAGACCCUAGCUGCCUGAAGGGAGUGGAGGACAUGGUAAAGAUGGACAUUCUUACCGUGGGUUCGGUACUGCACAACUUAAGGACUCGGUACGCCAACCAAGACAUCUACACCUCCGUGGGGUCUAUCCUGGCCGCCAUCAACCCGUACGUGCUCAUCCCGUCGCUGUACGACGAGAACUGCAUGAACCUCUACGCCAACAUGGCGACGGACGCGGGCGCGCCGCCUCACCCGUACGAGCUCAUGGAGCUUGCUUACAGGGGGCUCAUCACCGACCAUCGCAGCCAGUCCGUGCUCAUCAGCGGAGAGUCCGGGGCAGGAAAAACAGAAACCACCAAGUACCUCCUAUCGUACCUGUCGCACCGCAGCAGCACCAUGGAGAAGGAGCGGAGGGAGGCGGUACCCAGUGUUGAGCAGCGGCGCAAUAGCAUCGGGGGGCGUUUCAGCGUGGAGGACAGCGUGGUGAUGUCGAACCCCGUUAUGGAGGCGUUCGCUAACGCCAAGACCACCCGCAACCACAACUCGAGUCGCUUCGGAAAGUACAUUCAGGUAACCCUUCACGCUAGCGGCGUGGUCACCGGAGGCCGGGUGACGACCUACCUGCUCGAGAAGACCCGCGUGGCCAGACAGCUCGCGGGCGAGCGCAGCUACCACGUCUUCUACCAGCUGUGCCAGGGGGCGGACGACGACUUGCGGGCUCGCCUCGGACUUAAGGAAGCGGCGGAGUUCCGAUCCCUGACCGGUGGAGGCUGCGUCGAGAUCGACAGCAUGGACGAUGCCGAAGGCUUUUCGGAGACGGCGAGGUGCAUGGAGAGCAUCGGUAUUGGCUCCGAGGCGAAGGAGGGGGUGUUCAGGGUGGUCGCUGCCGUUCUGCACCUCCUGAACGUAGAGUUCGAUAUGGUGGACAUACCGGGCCAAGACGUUGGUUCAAAGGUCAGCGAGAGGGGGGAGGACUCUAGCCUGUCCUGGGCCUCGAAGCUUCUGGGGGUGAAGCCGGACCAGCUGGAGGAGGCACUGGUGGCCCGAUUCAUUAACCCCGGGGGAUUCGGCUCCUCCGACUUUGUGGUGGUGCCCAGCUCGCCCCUGGUGGCGGCGUCUGCGCGGGAUGCUGUGGCCAAGGCUCUGUACUCGUCGCUCUUCGACUGGCUGGUGGAGAAGAUCAACCUCACGCUGACUGCCGCCAUGAACUCCAAGACUGCCGCGAACACGAGCAACAGGUUCAUCGGACUGCUGGACAUCUUCGGGUUCGAAGCUUUCGGCACUAACUCCCUGGAGCAGCUUCUCAUCAACUACGCCAACGAGAGGCUACAGCAGCAGUUCAACGCCUUCGUCUUCAAGCUUGAGGAGGAGGAGUUUGCCAAGCAGGGCCUGAGCAAGGUAUACGUUGAGCACUGCCGGGUGGAGUUCGCCGACAACGACGACGUUCUCCGGCUGCUGGAGGGCAAGCCUCAGGGCAUCCUGUCCCUUCUCAAGGAAGAGUCGACUCUCAAGACGGGAACGGGGCUCAAGCUGGGCAAGCGUUACCGCCAGGCCUUCAAGGGAAACGACCGAUUUGCUCUCCCAAGAGCGAGAGGGGGAAGCCGGGCGGGUACGGAGGCGACGUUCGGGAUUGUACACUUCGCCGGAGAGGUGAUCUACGACGCCACGGAGUUCGUGGAGAAGAACAAAGACGAGGUGCCCACGGCCCUCCACGACCUGGUGCUCAGCAGCAACGACAGGGAGGAUACAUCCUGGAGCAGCUGA